AUGGUAACACCAGAUAUUUGUCAAUUUGCUUUUCCAGCCAAGGCAUGCGAAGAUACAGAAUUCACCUGCGGAACGGGAGAAUGUAUCGCCAUCCAACAAAAAUGUGACGGGAACCAGGAUUGCCGCGAUGAUACCGACGAAACAGGAUGUCCCACAAGGUGUCGUGACGGUCAAUUCCAGUGUCGGAAUGGUCAGUGUAUUGACGCGAGUCUGCGCUGUAACAGGGAAUACAAUUGCCGUGACGGAACUGACGAAUUUGAGUGUCGACCCACAAGGUGUCGUGACAACGAGUUUCGGUGUCGUUCUGGGGAGUGCAUCGACUCUAGUAGGAAAUGCGACAGGCGCUCUGAUUGUCGUGACGGAAGUGAUGAACUCGAGUGCCCUGUCCAGUGUCGACCCAACCAGUUUAAGUGCGUUAGCGGAGAAUGCAUCGAUGCCAGGAGGAAAUGUGACAAGCGCCGCGACUGUGGCGAUGGAAGUGACGAGGCCGAUUGCGUGGAAGAGGUACCAAUCAGAAUCAAUGUUGCUCCACCCAGCCUCCGUAUCAGGGAGGGUCAACGCGCCAUGUUCAUCUGUCGCACGACGGGUAACCCUCCACCCAAGGUGCGUUGGAGCCGGAAUGGUCAGCAGUUGCCGCAGGGGGCAACUGACGUUGAUGGUGUCUUGACAAUUGGGGUGACAAGGGCAGCUGAUUCCGGUCAGUACACAUGCUCGGUGAUUGGAGUUGCUGAGGAUAUACGUGCGAGUGGACGCCUCAUGGUCGAUGUUUUUGGCCCAACGCUUGUCCCACCGACCGAUGGUCAGUGUCGUGCAGAUACAGACACAAGAUGUAAUAGCGGACAGUGCAUACCCAAAGAUUACCUCUGUGAUGGGGACUUUGAUUGCGCGGACAAAUCAGAUGAAGCCAAUUGCGUCGAUACAAUGCCGUGCGAACCCAAUGAACAUCGCUGCGAUUCUGGCAAGUGUAUUCAGUCUAUCUGGUGGUGCGAUGGGGACAAUGACUGUGGGGACAAUUCAGACGAAAACAUUUGCCCGACAUCUGCUCCUGGCGCCCCCUGUAAGAAGACUGAGUACCAGUGUCAGAGUCGUGACCAGUGUAUCCCGGCCAGUUACCAGUGUGACAGUGAAGUCGAUUGUCAGGACCAGUCAGAUGAAUUAGGAUGCGCUCCUCCUAUUGUCCUGAGGUCACCACCAGGAAAAGUUGAGGUUGAUCAGGGAGAAACUGUUGUCAUAUCCUGUGAGGCUAGAGGUACCCCGGUGCCACUGAUUGUCUGGCGGCUCAACUGGGGUCACAUCCCAGACCCCCCGCGCGUCUCUACCACCAGCGAGGGUGGUAUUGGUACCCUGACCAUCCGACAGAUCAGGGAGUCGGACCAAGGCGCAUAUACCUGUGAGGCCCUCAACAACAAGGGAAGCGUUUUUGCUCAACCUGAUGCAAUCGUAACAAUAAAGCCGCCAAGUGGACUUUGUCUUCCGCCCCUGUUCCACGCGGAGGCCAAGUCUGUCUCGGAGUGCCUCAACUGCUUCUGUUUUGGAGUGACUGACCAGUGUGUUAGUAGCAAGCUCAGGCGCUCACAGCUCUCCAUUGGCAGCCAAAUUGCCAUGAUCAACUACGCGAGCCAGCAGACUAUGGACCCCAACUACAUCCAAUUCAACCCUGGGACGAGGCAGUUCAGUGUGGCGGAUUAUGGCUCCAUUACUCGUGAUGGUACUUACUACUGGAAUCUUCCAAGGCAGUUCCUUGGCAACAAGCUAUCAAGUUAUGGUGGGAACCUCUACUACACGAUGUAUUACAUGAACAGGGGAGGCAGUCGGCAAGUAGGCGGUGCCGAGGUCAUCAUGAAGGGUAACGGCAUCACUGUCCAGUUCAACUCACCGUCACCGCAUAGCGCUGCUACGGAAUUCAGUCGGGUCAUUCCAUUGGUUGAGUCUGACUGGACCCUGCUUAGAGAUGCUCCCCUUAGGGGCGACCAGGGUCCUGCUAGAGGUGAUUCAUUCGGCCAGCCAGUCUCCAAAUAAAGCCGACUAAAUGAUGGUCUUGUAAAAUGUUAACUUUUGUAUUCUUAU